AUGAGAGUGAACGGGAACAACGAGGUCACCACGAAGACGUUCGAGAUUCUGUGGGUGUACAAGGGAGUAAUCGUGAUUGACGACAACUUCCUGUACAGCACCCUAAAGUCGAAGAUGCAGAUCUUCGUCGACAGGUGUGCGUCCACGGACCCGGAGUGGAGUGUGGGCAUCCCCAGAGACGGCUGCACGAAGGUGGUCACGGUGUAAACCCCACGUAACAGCAUAACCCUGUU